GUGUUUCUCCAUCUCGCGCACCUCCACUUGCAGCCACCUCUUCGCCCCGCACUCCCAGCGACGACCCCAAAAAGAGAGGAGACGAGACCAAAGCAAAGCGCAGCGGUGACGGAAUAUAAAGUGGAAGAUGGAGGAAUGAUGAGAGGACGGUGUUCUGGGAGACAGACAGGAGAACCGCUGUCGCAGAGGACGAGGAGGAGGAGGAGGAGGAGAAGGGACGGAGGAGAGAGGGAAGCAGUCACAUCUGCCGUGACUUUGGGGAUUUCUCUCCGGCAAAGUGGGGAGAAAAGGGGGAGACGCCACAUUCUUCGGAUGCCAAAAAUUCACCGUGCGUGAGAGGAAUCAUUAACAUGUGUCGGAAUUACCAUUGUGGACCAAAAUGUCGAUUGUGGCGACCUUUUGUCGUUUUUCUCUUCUGCAAUUUCGUAAGUUAAUGUAACGUCUGCUUUGACAUAGUUGCGCGCGAGCCCACUGUAUGUCAGCUUUGAAUAAUACUGUUGCCAGGGCUGUUUAUUUUUAUGUUUUAUAUUUGAAGCAUCCUUUGGAAAGUGUUUGGCCUCCCAGGGUGAUUUGUUUUGGGGGUAAAGGAGGACAGUUUUAGGAGGCGAGACCCCCACCUGCUCAUCCCCCCUUACAUAAAUGUUUGCGUGCCGUUAGUGCUCUCGCUCUCGGUCGACCCCCCCUCUCCCUCUGAAUAGGUUGCUGAGUCUCACACGCAGACAGACGCAUCUCACAGGCCUGUGCACACAUAGACACAGAAGGACCUGGACAUCAUCUCACGCGCACGCAAACACACAUAUCUCAUAUGCAUACAUAAUUACACAGACAGACCUCACCCCCUUCUCCUCCUCACCCACCCAACCCUCUCUCACCCCCCACUAUCUGAUGACUUCCCGGCGUAGAGGUGGACGUGGUACGGAACCGACUGUAGCAUCAUCACCAUCCUCAACACCACCACUGUCAUCACCACCACCAUCCUCCUCCUCCUCCUGCUCCUCUUCCUCACUACCACCAUGUCCUCGUCGUCGCGCAAGAUCUCCUCCGAGUCGUUCAGCAGCUCGGUGGGCUCGGACUGCGGGCUGGAGAGCCCAGGGGGAGACGGAGGGGACGGCGGGCUGGAGCCGGCGGAGGAGAGCCGAGGCUGCCCCUUCUCCUCCUUCCACUCCUCCCACAGAGCGGUGCUCUGGAACGGCCGCAGCCCCGCUGAGAGGUCGGCGUGCCCGGCGGGCGAGGAGCAGCAAGGGCCCCACAAGAGGGUCACCAGGAGGAGACGGGUGAACCUGGACUCGCUGGGGGAGAGCCUCAGGCGGCUGACCUCACCCACGACACAGACUGUUCAGGAGGCUCUACAGCGAACGCUACACUUCUACAGACAACAAGAGAUCAGGUGUCAGGAAGUCGGCAGUGAGGAGAGGCGAAGAGAGAAGAACGAGGAGAAGUGCCCGUUUCUAGAAAAUUCUGGUUCAGAAGAAGAUGUCCUACAAAUCCUGCAGUACAUGGCCACCAUACUGGGAGUGCCAUUCUGUGAGCUGCGAGAGCAUUUUGGAGAGGAGUUCUUCGGCCUCUGCUUUGAAGAAAAUGAAAGAGUGCUGCGGGCUGUGGGCGGCAACCUCCAGGACUUCUUCAAUGGCUUUGACGCCAUUUUGGAACACAUUCGCACCUCCACGGGGCGCCGUGCCUCAUCAGAGAGCCCCUCCUUCCAGUGCAAGGAUCCCUAUGAAGAGGAGACGGGGAGAAGAAAAUUGGACAAAGUUGGAGAGAGAGAUGGAAAAGGGAAGGUGUUGCUUCUUCAUUGUUUCAACCCUGCCCCUGUUGUUGGAUUGGUCAUGCCGGGGUUAAUCAAAGCUGUUGCCAAGCGGAUCUUUCAUUCAGAAGUUGAGGUGGAAGAGGUGCCACCUCUAACUCCCUUAUUGCCUAAUGAAGAUACAGAACACACAGACGGUGACUCCACAACCCCCACCCCGACUGCGUCCCCCACUGCCUCACCCUCCUCGUCCCCUUCCCCUCCCUCUCCUUUUCCAACCUCUGUUCCCGCAGUUUGCUUGUCCUUCCAAAUCCAGGAGACGAGCCCCCCUUCCCUCUCCUCCCUCCCAAAUUCUGCCUCGGUGAGCACUAAACGCCCCCCACUCUCACUCUCCACCAACCCCAGUGAUCUGCGCAUAGGCCUGGCGACGUUUUGCCGUGCCUUUCCAUUUCACCUUGUCCUGGGGCCUUGCAUGGAGCUACUGCAGCUUGGAGAAGGAUUGAGGAAACAGACUCGCAUUGAAUCUCACCGGGGCCUCUCGUUCAAGGACUUUUUUGAGAUUGUCUCACCCAAGAUGGAUCCUUCGUUCCAGGGCAUCCUGCUGAGGCUUGCAUCCCCAUUUACCAUCCGUACCAGGCCUGAUACCACACAAGCUGGCACCAAGGAGAAGGUCAUGGAGUUGAAGGGUCAAAUGAUCCAUGUGCCCGAGUCCUGCUCCCUGAUGUUCCUGGGCUCGCCUCGUGUUGAUAAGCUGGAGGAGCUGAUGGGCAGGGGCCUCCAUCUGUCAGAUAUCCCCAUCCACGAUGCCACACGGGACGUUAUCCUGGUGGGGGAGCAGGCCAAGGCCCAGGAUGGACUAAAGAAGAGAAUGGACAAACUUAAGGCCACAUUAGAGCGGACUCACCAGGCGCUGGAGGAGGAAAAGAGGAGAACCGUGGAUCUCCUUUAUUCCAUAUUUCCAGGUGAUGUGGCACAGAAACUGUGGCAGGGCCAGCCAGUGCCUGCUCGCAAAUUCGAUGACGUCACGAUGCUGUUCUCAGACAUCGUGGGUUUUACUGCUGUGUGUGCCCAGUGUACACCCAUGCAGGUCAUCUCCAUGCUGAAUGAGCUUUACACACGAUUCGACUACCAGUGUGGCAUUCUGGAUGUUUAUAAGAUUGAAACAAUAGGCGAUGCCUAUUGUGUGGCAGGAGGACUUCACAAGAAGGUUGAUAGUCAUGCGAAGCCAAUUGCACACAUGGCUCUGAAGAUGAUGGAGCUUUCCGAGGAAGUGCUGACGCCUGAUGGGAAACCUAUCAAGCUAAGGAUAGGUAUCCACACGGGUUCGGUGCUGGCAGGUGUGGUCGGGGUUAAAAUGCCACGUUAUUGCCUGUUUGGGAACAACGUGACGCUCGCCAGCAAGUUUGAAUCGGGGAGCCAUCCGAGGUGUAUCAAUGUUAGUCCCACAACUUACCUGUUGCUGAAGGAUGACCGCUCUUUUUCGUUUGUCCCUCGCUCACGGCUAGAGCUACCAGAGAAUUUUCCCAAAGAGAUCCCAGGGACAUGUUACUUCCUGGAGGCGGGGACAUCUCACAGCCACGCCUCAUUGACCAGCUCUCGCUCCGCUCCCCCGGCCUCUAUGAGGAAAGUCUCCUACAGCAUUGGGACCAUGUUUCUAAGAGAAACAAGUUUGUAGGUCCCACACACGGACUAGGAUACACACUUAUGAUGUGAGAGGCUGAAUUUGAACCUGUGAGACAUGCAGGGAACAGAUCACGCGGCUCUUUGGAUAUGCAAAUGCAUUCUGUGAAAACUUGGAUUCAGACCUAUGGGAAGUCCUAUAUGAAUGAAACUUAAAAAAAAUACUCUCAUCAUAGAUGAAAAAGAACAACACGCCCUCAUCUCCCCUGAGCAAAGGAGAUAUGGUUCAAAAGACUUGAGGAACAGCAACUAUGCUCAUCUAACGUGGACCCUUCCCCAAGGAUGUGUACUAAUGGGGUCAAUUAGCAGAGAAACCGUAAUAUAAAACUUAGUUAUCUAGCUGGAUUCCUCAGCUCCAUACCUGGUUUCUAGUUCUCUCCAGUUGUCCUCUUUCAAAAA